GUGAGCAAAUGAAACCAUGGCAGGAGCUGCAUGGCCACUGACCAAAGGUUUUGUCUUGCCUAAUUCAGACUUGUUGUCAUUUGCACUUUGUUUCAGCUGGCUUGUAGAUCCACAAGGAAAUUCAAUGCUACAGGAUCCCUGUAACACAGAGUGAAAAAUGGACAAAGACCGCAGCCUGAUUCUGUUCCUGGUGCUGCUUCUCUGUCACAAAGGCAACACAGACAUACAAACCUCUUGUCCAUACAAAUGCCAGUGUUUCACUCCAGUCCAAGUACUAUGUGCUGAUGCAGGAAUGUCAUCUUUACCCAGGAACACGUCCAGGCAGGUCAAGGACUUUAUUAUAAUGUCAUCAUCCCUGGCCUACCUGUUCUCCCACACUUUAGAGGAAAGCCCCCAACUCACCAAGCUUAUCUUCCUAAAUAAUGCACUGCGAAGUAUUCACUCUAAGUCUUUUGAGCAUCUGGCUAAGCUGCAGGAGCUGGAAAUCAGUGGGAACCCUGGACUGGAGGAUUUAUAUGUGGGGACUUUUGCAAAGCAGGGGAACUUGACUAAACUGGUGCUUAACUUCAACAGGUUCAAGACGGUGCUUCCUGGUAUGUUUGACUCUCUUAAACAGCUAGAAACGCUGCAAAUGAAGGGCAACAUCAUAUCAGAUCUGCCUACAUUCCUUUUCCUGAACCUCCACAAUCUGCGUGUCCUGGAUUUGUCACAAAAUCAGCUUGAAGGAGUGAAAAGCGAAACCUUUUCUGGUCUGGCAAGACUGGACACCCUUAAAAUGAACUAUAACCUCAUCAGCAUUCUUGCAUCUGACACGUUCCACAAUAUUUCUCAGCUGACAGAGCUUCACUUGGAGGGAAAUACGAUAUCAGAGCUUGCUGACGGCAUCUUCUUUAUGUUAACCGAACUGAAGGUGCUGAACCUCCGUGGAAACCUUCUUACAACCUUCAGCGAUAAAGUGUUUGGAUUCGAGGCCACAAAUUUGAAGGAGCUGAACCUAAAAGGCAACAGACUGACUGAGCUGUCCUCUCUAAGCAGUUUGACAUUUCUUACGGACCUUAUCUUGUCUUGUAACCAGCUUUCCACCCUUCCUCAAGACAUUAUUAGAAAUGUUACAGUCCUGGAGAAUCUGGACCUGUCUGAAAACCAGCUCACCUCACUGCCCGAAAUGAUCUUUCAUGGCCUAUUUAGCAUCAAGGCAAUCCACUUAAACAACAACAACCUGACCAACGUGGAUGCCAAACUGUUUGAGGAUCAGCUGCUCAUCCAGCAGCUCUACCUGUCUGAAAACCAGCUGGAAACGCUCCCACCAGGCCUUUUAGACCCUUUUGUCCUCCAGCACACAGUGAGACUACACGGAAACCCCUGGAAAUGUGACUGCCACAUGUGGUAUCUGCAUGACUGGGUGCUGAGAAACAGCCAAGACAUAGAGAUGCUUGAAAGGAUGCUCUGCGAGAGCCCGGGCUAUCUGAGCAGACUGCCAGUCGUCUCCAUCGACAAGGACCAGCUUUUGUGUCGGUUGUCCAAAGAUGAGAUGCCUGAUGUCACCCGCUGUAGCCAAGAAGCUUCCAAUGACACUGUUAUCAUCAAGUGUAAAGUGGAUAAAUGCUCUCCACUAACAGUGAAGGUACAGUUUCAGGAAGAUGACGGUGGUAUUAAGGAGCAUAUUUUGAAAAAUUCUCACUGUAGCAACGAGACAAUGAUCAAGAGCCCCAUUCAGUAGUUCUCUAUGUUAAUUAGACUUUGUUCUCUGUGCAAAUUCGUCCUCAUGCAUUUGGUUCAUACAGAGUCACAUUAUAUGUUCGGACUGUCACAGUCAAUACAGUAAACAAACCUUUAACUCAGCAGCUGAUAACUACAUGCCUCCAGCUGAAUGAUAAGAGGGGUGGAUGAACCCUUUUUUUUGUUCAAAGUUCAAUCCACAACGUUUUAAAAUCCUGUCACUGCUAAAAGGAAGUAUGAGUAACAAUCAUCUGUUAAAUCUUCAGUAGGUGCCUCUGGCUUCCUUAUUGAUGUGCACUGACUGUGGUUGACUGCCUUCACACUUCUUGAGAACCACUACACUGAAGUCUGACUGAAAAUGUUGUCUGAACAAGCAUGAGGGCAUGAAGUGUUGAAUACUUGUUCGUGUCCAUUUACAGGCGAGUUUUGGAACAGCGACCACUGACAAAUAUCAAUAAAAUGUCAUAUUUACUUCUUUAAA